GCUCUCCAGAAGGUGUGUUGCUCUCUGCAUUACCGGAAGAGCACUUGCAGGUGUGGAGAGAAAAUACUGCUGCUGUCCUGGCUCCUGGGCUGGGAAGGAUUUUUGAUGUUAACCAGAAAUACCUCCAGAAGAUUCAAGAAGCUGUAGAGGUGAAGUUAAGUCUGUGAAGGACCAGCAUGGGAAUUUUAUACUCUGAGCCCAUCUGCCAGGCGGCCUAUCAGAACGACUUUGGUCAGGUGUGGCGGUGGGUGAGGGAAGACGGCAGCUGUAUCAACGUUCAAGAUGGCUUUAACGGAGACACUCCCCUGAUCUGUGCUUGCAGGCGAGGGCACCUGAGAAUUGUUUCCUUCCUUUUGAAAAGAAAUGCUGACGUGAACCUCAAAAACCGGAAAGAGAGGACCUGCUUGCAUUACGCUGUGAAGAAAAAAUUUACCUUCUUUGAUUAUCUACUCAUUAUCCUCUUAAUGCCUAUUCUGCUUCUUGGGUAUUUCCUCAUGCUGUCAAAGACGAAGCAGAAUGAAGUUCUCAUUCGGAUGCUACUUGAAGCUGGAGUCGAAGUUAAUGCUGCAGACUAUUAUGGCUGCACUGCGUUACAUUACGCCUGCAAAAUGAAAAACCAGACUCUUAUCCCCCUGCUCCUCGAAGCCCAUGCAGACCCCACGAUAAAGAACAAGCUUGGUGAGAGUUCUCUGGAUAUUGCACGGAGAUUAAAAUUUUUCCAGAUUGAACUAAUGCUAAGGAAAGCAUUGUAAUCCUUGUGGCCUCAGAUGAAGAAGUGGAAAAAUACACUGGAUUCUAUUUCCAUCUUGGACUGUUGUUGGUCUGUGGACCAGUCUGCCUGGAUACCAUGAUUUUAUGGGAGAUAAUGAUCACUGUCAUUAGGGAAUGUAUUUUAAGAGUUUGCACUUAAAGUGUUUUUCUGCUCAACAUGGAGUUCACCAAGGUUGCAAUCCUUCUGGGAAAAACACUAAAGCAGUUGGAUUUUCCACUUCAGACAAAAAGAGGUGAUGCUUCAAACUCAGUCUGUCUUGAAAAAGAGGAUCUGAGUUGCCUGACAGUGUUCCCUCUUCUAAAGAAGCUGUCCCAUCAAGAGACAAACUGUUUCAGACCUCUAUGAGUAGCAGAAAAGAAUCAAGGUAUAUAUACAUUUGUAUAGAAUGUAUAGGUGGGGGAGGUGGGGGCAUAGAUUUUCAUAUGUAAAUAUUCCAUUGGUGAAACAGCCCUAACAAAAUCAUCUAUUAGUUGUCAGUGGUCAGAAUGUUUAUACCAAAUAAAUCGGCAAAUGCUACUAGUCAGGGCUGUUUUGUUUUUUCUUUCUAGAGAGCCAGUUUACCAGCAUACCUCUGGACAUUUUGCUAUCAGUUUAUAGCUAAAAGCCAUCUUGAUUGUGAACAAAAUUAUGUAACUAUCAAGAUGUUUGUUCAAAAAUAGCUUUAUGAUUCUCUUGUGACUGCAAAGCAGCUAUUAAACUUGUUAGUUCUGUUUAUUUGUAUUGAUAAAAUUUAAAUUUUAUUGUAAAUUAUUUGAUAGAGUAUUUCUUUAUAAGAAAUAAAGCUAUAUGUUGAGGUAUCUGGAUUAUACUUCUAGAGGAGAGCUUGUGAAUACCAAAUAUCUGUUUCAAGUCCUUGAAUUUUGUAACCCAAGACUGAAUCAUGAAUAUCUUCAGACAUGGACUAAGCCAAACUAUGUGCAGUAACAAAUAGGGUCUAAGAAUGGAAGAUUUUCCAUCCUUGAGCAGAACAAAGGUUUAAUAAAAAUUAAAUCCAGGAAUAUUUAUUGAAUUAUAUGCAGGUACUUAGGGCACAUGCUUUGUGAGGGAAGUAGGAGUGUGUAAAUAUAGAUUUUGAAGUCCUUAAAUGUCUCUUAAAUUACUUAAGAUACCUUUGCAUUGAACUGAGCUACCAGGUGACUCCAGGGGAUUGAAAAACCAAGUGAACUUCACAUACUAAUAUAUCUUCAACACCCAGCAGUAGACCUUUGAUUUGGUUUCAAAGUUUUAAAAAAUAAUGCUAUUACUCAUUUGUUGAGUAAUUUAUAACUGUCAUCUUUGAAACUGUGUGAAAAUCAAACAAUUUUCUAAAGAAAUAAAUCCAGAUCUGUGAA